AUGAAAAGUUUCUUCAAAGAUUUUUUUGGUGGUUCUCGAAGUGGUGAUGACAAUCAAGAAACAACAGAUUUAAAACAAGUAUCCGAGUGGACAAAGGCUGAUUUUUUGGAAUAUAUUCAUUCAAAGGAAUUGGGAGAUAUUAUUUUGGAGUCUGUGAAAGAGAGUGAUUACUUUGAUCAAAUUACAGAUUAUACUAAAUUAAACUUCUCGGAUUUACUUGUAAUUUUAACAAACAAUGAUGCCUCCACUGUUUUAAAUUCUCUUGCUCACGAUUAUCCAUCAAUUUUCAAACCAAUUAAAAAGUAUGACAGUUAUUUGCACACUAGUAAUUCUGUUUCUGUGAUUAGACACAGCGGAAUGGAUAAAGCAAAUAUGUUCGAUAAUUAUGAUGGACAGCACAUUAACGAUGAUACUGCUCCAACACAACAAACCACCACCAUCGAAGAAGAACAAAAUUAA